AUGGAUUACGGCUACAACAACCAGUACUCAACCUCCUACGGUGCCAAUGGCGGGGCCGACGGUGGCGGGUUUGUCGCAGGAGAACCACAGAGCAGUCCUGCGGCUGGAAGAGGGGGUUAUGGAAAAGACACCGUUCGGCCCAUGACAAUCAAACAAAUUCUCGACUCACAGCAACCUCACCCGGAUGCAGAUUUUCGAGCCGACGGUGAGCCCUUCGGCUUGGUUACCUUCGUCGGACAAAUCCAAGGCAUCAGCACACAGCCCACGAAUAUCACUUACAGAGUAGACGAUGGCACGGGGAUAAUCGAAGUCAAGCAGUGGAUCGAUUCAGACUCCAGCAAGGGGGACAAGAUGGACGGUGUCGAAUCGGACAAGGCGAGGCUGGUUGAGAACGGAUACUGUCGAGUCUGGGGCAAACUAAAGUCCUUCAACAACAAACGACAUAUUGGUGCCCACGUCAUUCGACCGAUCACGGACUUCAACGAAAUCAACUACCAUCUGCUGGAGGCCACUGCGGUCCAUUUAUUCUUCACGAGGGGGCCGCCUCAGGCACACCAGGCCAAUGGCCAGCAGGCUACGAAUGGCGGAGGCCAGCAGUUCGGAAGCGCCGCGGACGGAGCACUCCCGGGUGUGUCGCCCUUGGGACGGAAAGUCUUCCAGACACUCAAAAACACCGCGCAGACCAACGAGGGUCUGCAUGUGCAGAUGAUUGCUUCGCAGAUGGGUAUGCCUGUCGCUGAAGUUUACAAGGGAGCAGAGGAGCUGCUGGCGAUUGGGAUGAUCUAUACGACCGUGGACGACAAUACCUGGGCAGUUCUAGAGGCGUAA